CGCCACUCCAAAUCGACAACCUUCACCAACCGCUACACAUGACGUCUCAGCCACUGCGAAACCACAUCCCCCACCAUGGAGGUCCCUCCUAGCGACCGCCGUGUUGAGGACGAGUACGCCAAAUCCCGCUCCUCCAAAUUUCGCUUCAAGUCGGAGUCAGAACCCAAAUCGAAGCGCUCCUCCCGCCUAGAUUCACAUGAAGAUGAUGAUAGAAGGCGCUCUAAGCGUCAUAGGUCAGACAGAGACCACUCGUCACACCACCCAUCGCGCCGCCGGCACAUUCGUUCCAAACGUAGCAGAAGCAAGAAAUCGCCUGCAACCUUGCACGGCUACUCUUUCACUGAACAAAAUGGGGACUACGCAGAUCCAGCGCAUAGGCAUCGAGAGUCUCUGUACGAUGCACUGGACCCCGAUACCUCUUCCGGCGACUAUCUGGAUCCCGGAAUCGCCUUUCGGGAGUCUCUAUUCGACGCUCUAGCCGACGACGAAGGGGCCGCCUACUGGGAGGGUGUCUAUGGCCAGCCUAUCCACAACUACCCAAAUACGAAGACCGGACCAGGAGGCGAACUAGAGCAAAUGGACGAGGACGAGUACAUCGACUAUGUGAGGAAGAAAAUGUGGGAGAAGAGUCACGCGCACAUCCUUGAAGAGCGCGAGGAGAGAGAACGGGCCCGGAAGGCGCAGAAGAAAGCCAAGCAUGAAAUGCAAGAGGAAGCAGUAAGACUAGACGCGGAACGAGAGGCUUUCCAGCACCGGGUGGAAGCAAGCCUGAAGCGUGGCGAGGAGCGGAAGAAGGCCAAAGAGGUUGAAGCGGCUUGGGCAAAGUACCUGCAGAAGUGGGAUGAGCUGAAGAGUAAUUCUAUACUUUCCCAGCAAGCGGAAGCUCGAGUCCGUCAGCUCAUUCCAUGGCCUGUUGUUUCCGGAAAGUGCAAACAUGUCACCAAGGAAGAAAUCGAGUACUUCCUCCAAAACUCGAGCGCGUGGCGCGACGAUGCAGCAGCACUUUUGAAAGUAGAGCGAGUGAGAUGGCAUCCCGACAAAAUGCAGCAACGCUUUGGUCAGCACAUCGACAUCGAAUCGAUGCAAUCGGUAACCGUCGUUUUCCAGGUUAUUGAUAAGCUGUGGAACGAGUGGAAGGGACGUGCAUAACCGGUCAUCAUUUCCCAGGCAUUUCAACGCACCAUUCUCCUUGAUAUCGCGCAUGUCACUCACGGGAGAUUGCCUCCUCCAAGGUUAGUAUCCAAGCAAUUCAGCAUCAUUUACGGCUUCCUCAACGCAAAGCCGGAUUCAAGACUCUGUGGAGUGGUAAUGAGAAGACGAUGACAUGAAUUUUCUUUCCCAAGAUACCCUUAUGGCUCCUUUAGACGGUAAUUGCUUUCCUUGCCCCAUAAUAAUAUCCACUUCCAGUUUUC